AUGGUUGAUGUUGAUGAAGCAGAUAUCGCUGUGUUGAAUCAGAAUUUGAUCAAGUCCAAAGAUCUAUUCAAUUCAAUCUCCAAGUCAUUAACCACCAUUUCCACCAAAUCAACAAAUGCAUCAACAAGAAUCAAACCUAUAUUGAAAGAUGUCAAUAAACUUACAAACGAUAACAAACAGAUCGAAAGAGGUAUUGAAACGUUACAGGAAGUUAGUGGAUAUGCCGAAAAGGCCAGUAAUUAUGAAACAAUCUUAUCAACAUCAAUUGAUGUUAUAGGAGUGAAGAAGUAUAUCGAUACCUUGAACAGACUGAAAGUAUUAUUGAUGGAAAUGAAGUCUAAGAUAAAGAAAUUCCUUGGGAUUUUGAUCAAUUUUGAAAACUUAAUAGAUAAAAGUGAAUUGAACCUUGUGAAUUAUUUCAAGAAACAGAUGAUAAACAAUAAAUUCAAUGAUGUUAUGACAAUAAUUCAAUAUUUCCAAAGUGAUAAUAAACAGAUCAAUAAGAUUUUGGUUGAUUCCAGAUCAGGUAAAAUGGUUGAAAAAAUGAAAACUGUAGAGAAAGCAGUUGAGUUCAAACCUAAACCUAUGGGACCUUCAAAUCCUCCAUAUGAAAAGGGAACUAAUGGAUUGAAUAUUUAUUUAAGAGAAUUAAUGGAUUUAUUGACUAAAGAAAUGGAAAUUUUAGAUAAAUUAGAAAGCACAAGAUUAUUCAACAUGAUAAUUGACCAUACAAUGGAUAAUUUUAACGAUAUCCUUGAAAAGAAUUACAUAUCAUUUUUCAAUGAUUCCAAUUUGAUCUUGAAUGAUAUAUUGAUAUUAGAAAUAAUUGAAAUUUUGAAUGAUUUCAUUGAACAUUUUAACCAAUUUGAAAACAUUAAAAACUUCAAAGUUAAUUUAACCAUCACCAAAUUGAUUAACAUCAUAAAGAACUUCCCUAAAGAAUUCUUCAAAUACAUCGAACAAAAGAUUCUUACAAUAGAUAAGAUGAAUGAAUUAAAUCAAACGGGAAUUGUUGUUGAAUUGAUAACCAAAUUAAGAAAACAAUCUGAUUUCCCCAAUGGAUUAAGUAGAAUUAUCGAAUAUUAUAAAUUGGGAGAUUGGCUUAAUAUCAAACCAACAUUAAGAUUCAUAUCAGUUUAUACAUCAGUAAUCAAGAAUGAUAAUUUAACUGAUAAUGUAUCCAAUUAUUGCAGUGAUUUAAUUGAUUGUAUAAUGAUAAAUAUGGAAAUAAGUUUGAAAGAAUUCAAGAAAUCCACUCAAGGAUAUUAUUUAAUGAAAGAUAUGAUUUUAUUAGAAACUAUGGUGAACAGAUCACAAAAUUUAUUUGAUAUUCUAGGUAGUACUGGAUUAGAAAGAAUCAAUAAGUUGAAAAAAAGAUUCUUGAACUUAUUCUUAGAAGAUUGGAAUCACGCAAGUUAUUUAAUCAUUAAAGAAAUGACAGAAAUUAAUGCUUUGGUAGCAAUGAAUCAAAAAGAUAAAGAAAAAGAUCUAAUAAAGAAGGUUUUUGAAAGGUUCAACGAGGCUUUUGAUGAAGCAUGUAAAAAUUAUGAAAAAUUCAAUAUAAAUGAUCCAAACUUGAAGAAUUACUUGAAUAGUGAAAUCAAGAAAUUAAUUUUGAAUUCAUACUUUAAAUUAUACGAUAAAUAUGGAGAUAAUUUAAGGUCCAAGAAAUAUGUUAGAUAUAAUAAGCUUGAGUUUGAAAAUAUAGUUAACGAUCGAUUAAAAUAA